UUUGGAGGCAUUCCGCGUCUGUGACACCCUUUUUUUCCACCGCACCUCACUUUUGUGCAAUGUGCAGCAACAGCUCAUGCACGAGAAGUGUCUCGCACAGGGAGCAAGGACGCAGAGCGGCGUGAGUAGAAAAGGAUGCUUGACAGACAGAGAGGAGAGAGCUCUGCAGCAGGAUCCCCACAGUGCUGCUGAGCAUAAAACUGCGUGACUGGUCUCUGCAAGCAGAAGGGAGGAGAAAAGAGAGAAGGGAGGAAGGCAGGGAAGAAAGCAGGGGGAGGGGAGGCAGCUCAGUUCAGUGCAGUGCUGUGGCUGAGUGGAUGAGGCAGCAGCAUCAGCACCACUAGCCGGAGCAUCCUCUCUCCUUUUGUGGAGGCAGGGAGGGAGGGGGUGCUGUCUUGUAGCUGCUGCAGGAUCAACAUUAUCUGCAUACACAGAAAACAUAUCUGCUUGCCUCGUCACACGCGCGCACGCACACGCACGCACACAUGUCGUGGCGGCCACAGAGGAAGAGGUGGUAGUAAGUGACGGGGUAAGCUCUGGGGACAGAGGGACGCAGGAAGAGGAAACAGGGACAAUUGGUGGGAGCGCAUACGUGAGGAGGGCUGGAGCGACGGCGACUUUAGCAGCAGUAGCAGCAGCAGCGGCAGCAGUAGCAGCGGCACCAUGGCGCAAGCUGCCAAGCAGCUCCGCAAGACCAAGGACCUCGCAGAGGCCGCCGCCCAGGAGCAGCGGGAGAAGGAGGAGGAGAAGAUCAAAAAGAGGAAUCGAUCCAGGGACCGCAGGCGCAAGGCCGAUGCAGCCACGAGCUUCCUGCGUGCAGCUCGUUCGGGGAACCUGGACAAGGCCCUGGAUCACAUCAAGAACGGGAUUAACAUCAACACUGCUAAUCAGAAUGGUCUUAAUGGGUUACACCUGGCCUCUAAGGAGGGUCAUGUCAAAAUGGUUUUGGAGCUGCUGCACGCUGGAAUCGAGCUGGAAGCGACCACCAAGAAAGGGAACACUGCUCUCCAUAUCGCAGCUCUGGCAGGACAGGAGAAAGUGGUGGCUGAGCUCAUCCACUACGGUGCCAACGUUAAUGCUCAGUCACAUAAAGGGUUCAGUCCGCUCUACAUGGCUGCACAGGAGAACCAUUUAGAGGUGGUCAAGUUUCUGCUCGAGAACGGUGCAAAUCAGAGUCUCCCAACGGAGGAUGGCUUUACGCCGCUCGCCGUGGCCCUCCAGCAAGGCCACGAAAACGUUGUGGCGCUGCUCAUCAACUAUGGCACGAAAGGCAAGGUCCGCCUCCCGGCACUUCACAUAGCUGCCCGAAAUGACGACACUCGCACUGCCGCGGUCCUCCUGCAGAACGACCCUAACCCAGAUGUGCUUAGCAAGACCGGUUUCACCCCUCUGCAUAUCGCAGCUCACUAUGAAAACAUGAGCGUCGCCCAGCUGCUGCUGAACAGAGGAGCAAAUGUAAACUUCACCCCCAAGAAUGGAAUCACACCUCUUCAUAUAGCCUCCAGGAGGGGCAACGUGAUGAUGGUCCGAUUACUCCUGGACAGAGGAGCUCAGAUUGAUGCCAAAACAAAGGAUGAGCUCACUCCUCUUCACUGUGCAGCCCGGAACGGUCAUGUUCGCAUUAUUGAAAUCCUCCUGGAACAUGGUGCUCCAAUCCAGGCUAAGACUAAGAACGGUCUAUCCCCAAUUCACAUGGCAGCUCAGGGGGAUCACAUGGACUGCGUCAGGCAGCUACUGCAGUACAACGCCGAGAUCGAUGACAUCACGCUGGACCAUCUUACCCCGCUUCAUGUAGCAGCCCACUGCGGUCACCAUCGCAUGGCCAAAGUCCUCCUGGACAAGGGAGCCAAAGCUAAUGCGCGUGCUCUGAACGGCUUCACACCUCUUCAUAUUGCUUGCAAGAAGAACCACAUGAGGUCAAUGGACCUGCUGUUAAAGCACUCUGCUUCCUUGGAAGCUGUCACGGAGUCUGGUCUCACUCCUCUUCAUGUAGCAGCAUUCAUGGGCCAUCUAAACAUUGUAAAGAACCUGCUUCAAAGAGGGGCUUCACCUAAUGCUUCCAAUGUGAAAGUGGAGACCCCCCUCCAUAUGGCCUCCAGAGCAGGACACUGUGAAGUGGCGCAGUUCCUGCUACAGAAUGCAGCACAAGUGGAUGCAAAGGCAAAGGAUGACCAGACACCUUUACACUGUGCGGCUCGUAUGGGCCACAAGGAAUUAGUCAAGCUGCUCCUGGAGCACAAGGCUAGCCCUGACUCAGCCACAACUGCAGGUCACACGCCCUUACACAUUGCUGCACGUGAAGGACACGUCCACACCAUACGGAUAUUAUUGGAUGCAGGAGCCCAACAAGUCAAGAUGACAAAGAAAGGUUUCACUCCUCUCCAUGUAGCUUCCAAAUAUGGGAAAGUGGAUGUAGCAGAGCUCCUCCUGGAGAGGGGCGCCAACCCGAAUGCGGCAGGGAAGAAUGGUCUGACUCCCCUUCAUGUGGCCGUGCAUCACAACAACCUGGAUGUUGUUAAACUCCUGGUCAGCAAGGGAGGAUCAGCACACAGCACUGCCCGAAACGGUUACACUCCCCUGCACAUAGCUGCCAAGCAGAACCAGGUAGAGGUGGCCAGCGUUCUGCUUCAGAAUGGAGCAACUCCAAACGCGGAGUCCCUCCAAGGCAUCACGCCCCUACACCUGGCCUCACAGGAGGGGCGACCCGAUAUGGUGGCCCUGCUUAUCUCCAAACAGGCAAACGUGAACCUAGGGAACAAGAAUGGACUGACCCCUCUGCAUCUUGUAGCUCAGGAGGGUCAUGUGGGCAUCGCAGACACCUUGGUCAAGCAGGGUGCAUCCGUCUAUGCUGCGUCACGGAUGGGCUACACCCCAAUACAUGUGGCCUGCCACUAUGGCAACAUAAAGAUGGUGAAGUUUCUACUGCAGCAGCAGGCUCAUGUAAAUGCCAAAACAAGGAUGGGCUACACCCCCCUGCACCAGGCAGCUCAACAGGGCCACACUGAUAUUGUCACCUUGUUACUAAAACAUGGAGCCUUGCCUAAUGAAAUCACAUCAAAUGGGACAUCUCCACUUGGCAUUGCUAAGCGACUGGGUUAUAUUUCUGUCAUUGAUGUGCUGAAGCUUGUCACUGAGGAAUCUGUUUCCACUAUGACCACAGAGAAGCAUCGGAUGAGCUUUCCUGAGACAGUAGAUGAAAUUUUGGAUGUUUCUGAAGAUGAAGGAGUUUGCCAGCUAACUUUAGGAGACGAAUUGCUUGGGCUGGAUGGCGCACGCUAUUUGAAACUUGAUGACUUCAAAGACCAGGAUGAUGACUUUCUUUCUCCAAAGAAAACCCUCAGAGAUUUCGAGGGUGGCAUGGGUACCACACCGUACUCUCCUGCUAUUCCCAGGAUUCCCUGUGUGUCACCGGAGACAGUGCAGCUCGACCAGCACACACCCAUCCCUUUACCUAAAGAGUAUGACGAGGACUCGCUUAUCCCAAGCAGUCCAGCUACCGAGACCUCAGACAAUGUCAGCCCUGUUGCCAGUCCGAUCCACACAGGGUUCUUGGUGAGUUUCAUGGUGGAUGCGCGCGGAGGCUCCAUGCGGGGAAGCAGACACCACGGCUUGCGGGUGAUCAUCCCUCCCCGAACCUGCGCUGCACCGACACGCAUCACCUGCCGUCUGGUGAAACCCCAGAAACUGACAACGCCUCCUCCACUGGUGGAGGGUGAGGGCCUGGCCAGUCGAAUCAUCUCCCUGGGGCCGUCAAGUAUGCAGUUUCUGGGGCCUGUUAUAGUGGAGAUUCCCCACUUUGCCUCGUUGGCCCGUGGGGACAGGGAGCUUGUGGUCCUGCGAAGUGAAAACGGCUCAGUCUGGAAGGAACAUCGCAACCGCUAUGGAGAUGAAGUGCUAGAAACUAUUUUAAAUGGCAUGGAUGAAGAAUUGGAGAGUCACGAGGAGCUGGAGAAGAAGAGAAUACGUCGAAUCAUCUCCACCGACUUCCCUCUCUACUUUGCCGUUGUCUCUCGCGUUCAGCAGGAAAGUGAUCUUAUCGGCCCUGAGGGCGGUCGGCUCACCAGUAAGCUGGUGCCCCAUGUGGAGGCCAUCUUCCCUGAGACUGCCGUCACCAAGAGAGUGAGGCUGGGACUUCAGGCCCAACCAAUCCCUGAUGAACUGCUAACUAGGCAGCUUGGGAACCAGGCAACCUUCAGCCCGGUGGUUACAAUUGAACCCCGACGGCGCAAGUUUCACCGUCCAAUUGGACUCCGCAUUUCUUUACCUCCGUCCUGGAGAGAGAGCCCACGGGACGCAGGCGAGGGAGACACCACCAGCUUGCGCCUGCUCUGCAGUGUUAUAGGUGGAACAGCUCCAGCUCAGUGGGAGGACAUUACUGGAACCACCAAGCUGAUGUACGCAAACAACUGUGCCAGUUUUACCACCAACGUGUCUGCACGAUUCUGGCUGGCAGACUGUCCGCGUACAGCAGAAGCAGUGACUUUUGCCAACUUGCUGUACAAGGAGCUCAUGUCAGUCCCAUAUAUGGCAAAAUUUGUUAUUUUUGCAAAGAUGAACGAAGCGCGGGAAGGGCGAUUGCGUUGCUACUGCAUGACUGACGAUAAGAUGGACAAGACUUUGGAACUGCAUGAAAACUUCACAGAAGUGGCCCGCAGUCGAGAUAUUGAGCUUAUGGAGGGCAUGCCGCUGCACUUGGAGUGUUCUGGGAAUUUAGUCCCCAUUCGGAAGGCAACCCAGCAGCCUCGUAGCUUCAGCUUCCAGGCCUUCAGAGAUAACAGACUGCCUGUGUCUGUCAAGGUCAGGGAUAGCAACAAGGAAGCCACUGGAUUUCUCUCUUUUCUGAGGAAAUGCACUAAGUACGAGGACUCGCAACACGUCCUGUGUAACCUUAAUAUAACCAUGCCACCUUGUGUCAAGGUUGCUGGGAGCGAAGAACGCAGGCGAACUUUGACCCCUCUGGCCCUGAGAGAGCGCUACAGUGCACUGAACGAGCCCGGCGUGGCUUCAGUGAACGCCAUGGAGAGGACUGAGAUCAAAAUCAACAUUAUAUCUGAUCAGCUGGGUUUGAGCUGGGCAGAGUUGGCACGAGAGCUUCAGUUCAGCGUUGACGACAUCAACAGGAUCCGUGUGGAAAAUCCAAACUCCCUGUUGGACCAGAGCUCUGCUCUGCUCAACCUGUGGCUCAGCAGAGAGGGCAAAAGAGCCAAAAUGGAGAGCCUCUACACUGCUCUGAAGAACAUCGACCGUGCAGACAUCGUAACUUCUCUGGAGGGCCCGGCCCCGCAGCAGGGGCCCGGGUCGUCAGAGGAGGGUGCCUGUCGUCUGUCUGACAGAGACUCUACAUUGCUGUCCCCCAGUGUCAUCAAUGAGAUCACGGACACAAGGCCAUCACGCAUAUUGCACAAGCCGCGAGUUAUUAGACCCCCGUUUUUCAGAAGGGGUUAUGGGCUGGUGCAGGAGGAGCUUGUGUCCCCGGCCUCCAUGCAGUACAGCUUACCCUCUCCAUUGGGUGUGGAGCCAUACUGGCAGGAGGUUUCCAGCCUGGAGUGUGCGCCCAUUGCCACCACGGAGGAAGACACAUUAAUGGAGAUGUCGGAUGUUCAGGUGUGGCCAGCAGGAGUUAGCCCCUCGCUGGUCACAGUCGAGGACUCCUCGCUAGAUGGUAGCAGUCGAGCGGAUGACUCUGAGGGCGCCACGCUUUCCUUACCCUGCAGCUUGGGUCGCCCAAGCAGUGGAGCCAGCGGGGCCAGCGGUUCCAUCAUGGAGCUGGAGGAAGAGGAGGAGGAGGAGGAGGAAGGGGAGGUUGAGGAGGAGGAGGCGCCACAAGAGCCAGUUAGUGCACUGGCAGAACGGGACAGGGUGAGGGCCAGUGGCGCUGUUCCCAAGGUCAAUCUGAACGGGCAACUGGGAGGUCAGAGGUCAGACGCAAGGAGAGGUGACGGUGUGGAGGUGGGAGGAGGAAUGAAAGGAGGAGUCGGUGGUGUGGGGCUGGGCUCAGUGGAAGGGAUUUCUCUUGUUGCAGGCCAGCAGGUGUACGCCCAGCAUGGUGAGGUAACUGGGCUGGGUCAUCCACCCGAACACAACGGGGACAACCGGAUGGUGGGAGGAGGGGCAUUUCAGCCGUACUUACCGGACAAGGACUCGCUGCAAGGCUGGGUGGGCUCGGUAUCAUCGGGACGUGACGGAAGCGUACCAGGCUUGCACGCUGCCCAGGAGGCCCUGCUGACUCCGAAAGAAGAGAAGGAGGUCUAUUCUGCUGAAGCAAAAUUCAUUGAAGAACGUGGAGUUGCGCUCUCUAGAAAAGUGGGGGUGGAUAUAAGAAAGGGUGCUCAGUCAUUGCAGCGCACCAGUCUGCGGAGAGUUAAACACUGAAAUACACACACUGCCCGGUCCUUCAGGACCGGAAACCCACUGCCAAAACACCCACAACAAAAACACGGCCAGAACGAAGGUGGAAAUGAGGAACGUGAAAACGGAGGAGAAGAUGAGAAAACAUGCAAGGACAACCAGAAACAUCCUCAACCUGUGAUCACGAAGCACCACAAAACAAAAGAAUGACGAGAACGAAAAGAGGAGUUGAACUUGUAGUUUUAUAACAUUUGUAAAGAAAAAAAUAUAACUAAACAGAGGCAUGACGAUACAUUUUUAUACAAAAAAAAUCUAUAAAUGUUCGUAAAACAACUAAGAAAAAAAAAACAGCAACAAAGUGCUUCCUGUGAACUGUAAUCGCAUGAUAACUGCUGGUGCAUGCCCUUUGACCUUUUGAACUGUCAUUAUCUACAAACUGAAGGAGUAAAAAAAAAAAGAAAAAAAAGGAAGGUACUGGGGCACAAGUCACAGGCCUUUUUAGAGGACCUCAUGCCCCGUAACUGGAGCGGUUUGUGUCAGCGAGUUGAGUCCGGUAACGGUACAGCCAAAAAAAAAAAAAAAAAAAAGUCACUCAAAGGAUGGCUGUGUAUGCAGCAAAGCCUCUGCUGAGCCUACCAAUGCUUCUGUCACUGGACCCCUUUUUCCUCUUACUCUAAAUGUGAUAAAUACACUCUAUGCUCUAUGGACAUGUAUGUGCGCGCGUGUGCGUUUAGAUUGCUUUGCCUGCAUGUGUUUCCUCGCUUGGAGCUCAGCGUUGAGCCUCUCCUCCCCUGAUUGGCUUGUUGUCUCUGUGAUGUCCCAGCGCGCUCGGCCUCUGCGAAGAGAGCCGCUGGCUCCGCUCCGCUUGUGAGUUCCCGUCUGCGUGUGUCAAUGUGUUUAUUUAGAUUGGUCCUUAGACAAGCUCACCUCCUCUUUGGUACCUGUCCGCUUUGGGUUCUCCCACGCUGUUUGACAUCGGGUUAGAGAACUGAACCUCUUUCAUUCCCUCGUGCUUUCAGGGGUAACGUGUUUUACAGACGUCGGAAUGUUUUCCUUGGAAAAGAGUUGACGGCAUUGCACAGCAGCUCUACGAUAAAUGUCUUGACUUUUCCCUUGUGAGCUUUCUUUUGUUAUUUUCUCGGUAGCAUAUCUCAUGUUGAGCCGACACCUUUAUUGGUAGCCCUUGCGUUUAUGCAGUAAAAAAAAAAUAAAAAAUCACAGGUCUCUUCUAUCCAUUGAAAACUUUUAUGUUCCAUGUUUUUUUUAUCUGUUUGCAUCAGCUGUGAUACCUCACUGUCAAAUCUGCGUUAAUUCACUCAACACAAAAGGAAUAGAAUGAAGAAAUCAUUGAGCGUUUGGCUUUUAAGAUGAUUUUUGGAGAAUUCCUGGCAAGUGUGUUGUUGCAGGAGAGACAAUGCAACACGUGAACAGAGAGGUAGCACAGGGACACUUCCAGUUUUUCGCUGACCCCAGACUCGUGAACUUUCUGUAUGUAUGUCACUGGCAAAAGGAUUUAUCUCCCAUGAGCUUCCUCAAAUUUUGACAUGUUGCAAUCACAACCUUCAGUGUAUUAUAUUAAGGUUUUAGGUAAUAGUGUAGCACAAAGUAUUGCAUUAUUGUGAAUUUGAAGAAAAAGUAGAAACUUUUUUACCUUUCCAUGCAAAUAUUUUGCCUUGUAUUCUGGUUUGGGCUUUAAGUCUGGACUAUUUCUGGGCCAUGCUGUCGGGCGGAGCUCUUUUGAUCCCAACCAGUUCAAUGUAGUUUACACCAUAUAUUUCAGAAGUCUUUUCGGGUUUUCUUAGAGGAUUUCCCUUUUAAUCACCCCAUCCAUCUUCCCAUCAAGUAUGAGCGACUUUCUUGUCUUUACUGGAUAAAACCUGCACAAUUUGAUGCUGCCAACAUCAUUUGGUUUUGAUGUUUUGCAUCCAGACCAUAAAGUUUAACUAUGAUCUUAUUUGAUCAAAGCAACUUCUUCCAUGUCUGCUGUCUCCCCUGCACGGCUUGUGGGAAACCUUCAACUGGACUUCUUAUGGCUUAAUAAUAAUUGCUUUCUUCCUGCCACUCUUCCAUUAAAGCCAGCUUUGAGGGGUCUUAAUACUUGUCCUGUCAACAGAUCCCAGUCCAUCCUGAGUUGUGGAUCUCUGCAGCUCCUCCAAAGUUACCAUGGACCUCUUGUCUGUCUUUCUGCCUUAAUGUUCACCAUGCCCGGCCUGUCAGUUCAGGUGGAUGGGCAUGUCUAUGUAGGUUUGUAGUCGUGCCAUGUUCUUUCCAUGGCAAAUGAUCAGUGCUUUGUGAGAUUUCCAAAGUUAUUUUAAACAUCUUUAUUUAAACCACUUUAUCCCUGACCUGCCUGCUGUGGACCUUAGUCUCCAUGAUGCUGUUUGUCCUUCAUCUCUAACAAACUUCUGAGGCCAGAAAAAAACAGCUGGAUUUUAAGGUGAUAGGGAUGAACUCUGUUUAAUAAUUGGGGGACUUUUGAAAGUAUUUGGUUGUGCAGGUUGCUAAACUUUUCAAACCGCUAUUUUUUUUAAAACUGAAAAUUCUGUAUUAUUUUCCUUCCUCUUCACAAAGAAGCCCUGCUUCAUUUGUCUUUUAGAACAUAUCUGAACAGAACUCGCUGAAGUUUGUGUUUGUAACAUUAAAAAUGUGAGGAAGUUCACUUUGAAUACCUUUGCAACGCACAGUACAAGAACAACUAAAAGCACACAAACAAAAUAGACAUUAACGGAUGAAAGAUCAGCUUGAUAGAUGGCUUUGCCACAGCAAUAAUACCUAACAAAAAGAAAAGAUGGAAGCUAUGGUUACUCAUUUUUCAACGAUUUGUAGGAUCACGGUUAGUGAGCUUUUUUGUUAUAAGCUCUAAACGUCUCAAAAUCAAAUUUUGUUUGAGUUAUUUUAAUAAGCAAAUGUUUGUUGAGAUUGAGUUACCUAAAAUCCAUUUUGCUUUUACGGAGUUAUUAAGGCUAUUGGUGUUUCACAUAUUAAAAAAAAAACACAAAAAAAACAAGCUCACAUUACUGGAAGUCAUUAUUUUUACACCACUUUAUGCAGAAACCAGACAGCAGCACUAUGUAGUCUUUGUACAGUGGUAGCACACAUCUCUGGAGAGUCUCGACACUAUUUUAUCCCACAAGUACUGUAAACGCUACUGUAGCCUGAAUGAAUGCAGCACAGAAUGAAUGCACACAUCUUUCCUAUCCUCUCCAUGCACGUAACCGUCAGAGAACAGCACAUGUUUCAUAACUUAUUGGAUUUUACACUCAGGUUGUUUUCGUUCUGGUAUGUGAAAAGCAAAAUGGUGUUGAAAUCCCGAUUGUUCUCUGAGAGAUGAAGGCUGGACUCUGCAUGAGGACCUCAGAUGGGCGCUUUGAAUUUGGGUCAGUGCGAAGAGGGAAUUCAAUGCAUUGCGUGUUUUGGGGACUGUGAGAAAGAGAAAAGUUUGCGUGCAAAUGUUUUCGUCCGAUUCUAUCGAUUCCGAUAAGACCAAAAAGUAGCUUUAAUGUGUCUUAAUGAGCCCUGGCACAUGAGUCCGUUUUUUGUUUAUCCCAGUUGAUUUCCACCCCUGAUGAACAAAAACUGUCCAAACAUGGUUUAUGUGACGCACAGGCAUGACAAUUUUUUAUUAAUUAUUAUUAUUAUUUUAUGGAUUAUGAGAGGUUUUGUAUGUUUAAAAUACAGCACUUUCCAAAAUUAUUAACACCCUGAUAUGCUUGUUUAAGAACUUUUAAAAUGUGUAUAUUGCAGUAGAAUUAUCUUACACUGACGGUUUUAGAAAAGUUCAACUUGUAAUUUGGUUACAGAAUUUUUGCCUAAAAGCAGUUAUUGGCCCCCACACACACACAAACACACACACACACAAUUACUAUGAAAUAAGUAUAACUUAUAAACUAAGAACUGCUUCAAUAUGCUGUAUAAUGGGGGUCAAUUUGUGUCCAUAACCAUAUCUAUCUACAUCCAUCCUUCGUCUUCCGCUUAUACGAGAUCCAGUCGCGGGGGAGACCCCACGGUGUUCCCAGGCCAGAUGGGAUUUAUAGUCCUUCCAGCUACUUCUGGGUUUUCCCCGGAGUAUCCUCCCAGUGGGAAGCACCCCGAAAACCCCCAAACGGAGCCAUCCAGGGAGCAUCCUGAUCAGAUGCCCAAACCACCUCAACGGUCUCCUUUCGAUGCAGAGAAGCAGCGGCUCUGCUUUGGGCUCCCCCAGAAUAACAGAGCUCCUUGCCUUGUCUCCAAGGCGGAGCCUGGCUACCCUCCAGAGGAAGCUAAUUUUCUCCGCUUGUAUCCGGGAUCUUGUACUUGUACUCAUGAUCCAUACCUCAUGACCAUAGGUGAGGGUCGGAAAGUAGAUGGAACGGCAAAUCAAGAGCUUUGCUUUCUGGCUCAGCUCCUUCUUCAACGUAACAGAAAAAAUAUCCCAAAUUAAAAACAUGGAUCUAGGUAAACUGAGUGAACAGAACUGGAGCGACUGAAAUAACUUUUGAGUUGACUUUACACACGAAGAGAAGAUCUUGAAGGUCUUUCUGGACUCUAUUUCUUAACAUGGGAGUUUCCCCCUGCUGUAUUUAUCCACCCAAAUUGAAGGCUGGAUUUUUCUAAACCUUUCAAUAAUAUGUAAAUUAUGCUACAGCAAAAACAGAUUAAUUGAUUUUAAGGAUUAUUAUACAUUUUUACAUAAAGAAUCUUUAGGGCGCUUUAGUUUUAUUUGGACACAUCCUCGAAUUAACUUUUAACAAAUAUUUACGAAACAGAGUCUGGAUUCUCACACUGAUUUAGCUCUAUAUUAUCCACAUAUCAUUACUGUAUUAAUAUCAGUUACCAUCACAUUGGUCUAUGGUCCAACAUGAAAAGUCUUCUUUUUAAAGUAGCACUACCACAGAUUUUCUCUCUGUAAUCAACAUAUAGUGCUUUUACUGAUCAUAAUAGCUUUGAAAACCAUUGGAAGCCAUUUUAAUUAGUACAUGAUGUGAGGCACAAGCCAAAAUCUGCAGAUAGAUUUCACAGAUUAAAUGUGUAUAACAGAGUUUCACACUAAAACAGUUUUUAGAAGGUGGACAGCUGCAAAGUUAUUUAGGGCAGUGGUUCCCAAAGUUGGGGUCGUGACCCUGCAGUCGGUCAUGAAACACCAAGUGGUGGGCUCUCUAUGCAAUCUCAAUGCAAUCUCCAGACUUCAGCUUGAUGUAAAAAAAUGAAUGAGCGCUGUGUAUUUUUUUAAGUGCUAAGAAAACAAAAAGUAUACAGCUUGAUUGUCGCUGUGCAGUAAUUGUCUCUUUGGUUUAUGUUUUAUUAGAAACUUUUGUACAUUUCAUCCAGUAAUAAGAAAAUCACUCUUGACGACACCGCACUAAGCUUUCCAUUGGUUGCUACACCGUUGAACCCCAAUGCUGAUACAGGAAAAAAAACACGCAAAUAUCGGCCCCAAAUAUCAGCCGGCCGACGUAUCAGUCGACAUCUAGUCACAAAGUCAAAAAAGAUGUUUGGGAGCCACUGUUUUAGAGAGUUGUGAUGGAGGAUGAAGGGCAGACUUUCUUUAAACUAGUCUGGAUGCUGUCUGGACUUGACAAGUAACAAUCUCUCGGCAGUCUAAAGGAGACCUCAAAGCCCUUUGAAAGCUCUAAGAGGUAAAAGCACAUCAAUAUAGGCAAAAAAA